GGGAGCGGUCUGACCUCCGGGUGUCUCUAAUCACACAGGUGUGACUGAAGCGGGCGACUAAUGAAGAGUUUGGUGUUUGAGUCACAGCAGAUCAAGACGUGGCUUGGACACGAUGCUGUCUCUGAUCUGUCUUCUGUCCGUUUGUCUGUUUACGCUGCAGACAGAUUUAGACCCGAAUCCGCUGAAUGUGACGGUAAAUGAAACUGUUCUGCAGGAACAUGGAACUUUCUCUGGACACUUUGGAUUCACUGACCUGGCAGGGGUUCGGUCCUUCAGUCCAGAGCAGGAGAUGGAGUCCAGGAUCAUCGGGGGUCAGGAGGCCUGGGCUCACUCGUGGCCCUGGCAGGUUUCUCUUCGUUUUGCCUCCAUGCCGGCCUGUGGGGGGGCCAUCAUCGGCCCACAGUGGGUUAUCUCUGCCGCGCACUGCUUCAAAAGGUUCAAGAAAGCCUCAUUCUGGACAGUUGUCGCUGGAAAACACGACCUGGAUAAUCCUCAGGAACCUGGACAACAGUUGGUCGGAGUCUCAGCGAUCGUCAAUCAUUACGGCUACAACACUCGGACUAAAGAGUGUGACAUGGCUCUGCUGAAGCUGCAGCAGCCUCUGGUCUUCAACCAGUUCGUCAGACCCAUUGACAUCUGGAUGACUCCGCUACCUCUCUUCAGGAAGUGCACCAUCACCGGCUGGGGCUCCACCCGAGAGAAUGGUCCCCGAGUUAAUAGACUGCAGGAGGUGAAUGUGACCAUCCUGCCCCCUGAAGUCUGUAACCGGUACUACCUGGGGAGGAUCAGGUCCUCCAUGUUCUGUGCUGGGAAGGACGGAGGAGGAGCCGAUGCCUGUCAGGGGGACUCCGGAGGUCCUCUGUCCUGCUUCACUGGCAGCAGGUAUGAGUUGGCAGGUCUGGUGAGUUGGGGAGUCGGUUGUGGACGAGUCAGAAGACCAGGGGUCUACACCAAAAUCCAGCAACACACUCAGUGGAUCUAUGACAUGAUGAAUGAUCAGAACGUAAUGUAUGCGGAUGACCUCACUAAUGAAGAGGACAGGUGCGGUAAGCGACAGAACUCCAGCUGUGAUCGUGCUCCAGGCCUCGCUGGUCUCUCCGUGUCCCAGGAUGGUGAGGUGUCUGUGGGGAACGUGACUGAGUCCUGCCCCUUCUUCUGGCCGUGGCAGGUCAGUCUGCAGUCCAAUGGACGCCACUACUGCAGCGGGGUGCUCAUCCACCGCCGCUGGGUCAUCACCGCUAAACACUGCAACGUCAGAGCCAAAGAGGACGUGGUGGCCCUGGGAAUUCAUGACCUCCGCUUCACAUCGUCUCAAGUCGUCCCGGUGGAUGAAGUCUUCAACCUGCCACAGGACGGCAGCUUCCCUCCAAAAUCGGACCUGUCUCUGCUCCACCUCAGUGUGACGGCCAGAUUCAGCUCUAAUGUGUGUCCAGUUUGUGUCCCUGAUGAGGACGAGGAGCUCGAUAACAGCUGGCAUUGUUUCACAACCGGCUGGGGAGCCACUAAAGCAACAGCUGACAUCAAUCCGGAUGAGCUGCACCACGUCGGACUGACUCUGGUUAAUCAGACCACCUGCAGGGAGAAGUGGGGAGGAGGACUCAUCAGUGACUCUCACAUCUGCUCUCAUCCCGCAGGCUCCACCUCCUGCAUGGGCGACUCCGGGGCUCCUCUGUUCUGUCGGAAACAUGGCGCCUACUUCCUGUUUGGUGUGGUCACGUGGGGCAGCCAGCGCUGUGAUGCAGACAAACCGGCCAUCUUCACCAGAAUAUCCGAUUAUCGUUCAUGGAUCACUGAGGUGACCGAGGACAUCUGAACGAGUGGUUCUGUUUAUAAAAUAAACUAAUUCAACUGGAAGCUGUUUGUCCUCCGAGCCGUUAACUGGGGCCAAAUCUCCCCAUCAGGCACCAGUCUCCUUGAAUCAUGUUUAAUUGGUUUAGUGGUUGAUGACCAAGACAUUUUCAUCCUGUACCAAAUAUUCAUCGUGGAAUGACUAUUCCAACAAUCUAAUUCUGCCGAGUUCCCCGGAAGGUCUUGAACAAGCCCCGACCCUUGUUUGGUCCAGAAUCAAGAUGUGGCACUAAAUUCAAAGGAAAAUUGCAGUUUGAUAGCAAUUUUUGACAAAGUGCAUGUUUAAGUCCAGAUUUCAGAAUUAUCUUCUAUCUUUC